CCAACGAACAAACGACAUCCCAAGCAUCAAAUAUCAGUAGCAGUCAAGAAAAAAUAUAUAUAUUUCAUAAAGUACAAUUUGUAAACCAAAAAUCCGUUCAAAAUGUGCGAUUCGGACUCCAGUGAUAGCUGCAUAUCAUCCUUGAUAUCAUCGCGAAUCUCUCGAUCCUCAUCCUCUUCGCGGUUGAGUGAAUUCACAGAUGCACGAACCGAGCUGCAGGAUAUCUACCGGGACAUAGGACGACACCUGGAGAUAAUGAUGGACACUUUUAGGGGUAAUGCCCUCAUUGAAGAGGGGAUCGUGGAGCAGCUUGAGGAAUACCAACAGAAAGUGCAAGCCAUCGAUAAAGUGCUGAUGCGGAAGCGCAUGAAGGUGGCCUUCUUUGGGCGCACCUCGAACGGGAAGAGCGCCGUGAUCAACGCGAUGCUGCAUCAGCGGAUCCUGCCCAGCGCCAUGGGGCAUACAACGAGCUGCUUCUGUCAGGUGCAGGCCACCGAUGGGGCGGCAGAGGCGGAGCAUGUGCGCAUCGAGGCGGAGGAUCAGCGGCUGGAGCUCACGUGCCUGCGGGACCUGGCCAGCGCCCAUUCGCCGCGCUCCCUGCCGUCACGCACGCUGCUGCACGUGAACAUGCCACGCAGUCGCUGCCCUCUGCUGGAUCACGAUGUGGUGCUCAUGGACACGCCCGGGGUGGAUGUGACGGCCCAAAUGGACGACUGCAUCGAUCGGUACUGCCUCGAUGCGGAUGUCUUUGUGCUGGUCCUCAAUGCCGAGUCCACGAUGUCCCGCGUGGAGCGGCAGUUCUUCAAGGAGGUGGCCCAGAAGCUCUCGCGCCCCAAUCUCUUCAUCCUGAACAAUCGCUGGGACAUGGCCAGCAGCCAGGAGCCCGAAAUGGAGCAUCUGGUGCGGGAGCAGCAUGAGGAGCGCUGCCUACAGCUGCUUGUCGAAGAGCUGGGCGUCUACGCGAAGGAGGAUAUGGAGGAGGCCAGAAGCCGCAUCUAUCACGUGUCGGCCCUGGAGACGCUGCAGCUCCGCAUGGGUACCAAGAGGGAGUCCACGGCCGCAUCUCAGCAGCGUCUCGAGGAGUUCCUGCGCUUCGAAUCGGACUUUGCCGCGUGUCUGGCCCAGGCCGCACUCAAGACAAAAUUCGAGAAGCAUUUGCUGAGUGCCAAGGAUAUGGUGGGGCAACUUUCGCAGCAGCUAUUGGUGCCCCUGCAGAACACCCUGCGGGAGAAGGCCACGUUGGAUGACCUGCGGCGGACGAUGCUCUCCAACGCCCUCGAGGCGCGGUCCAUCGAGCACGAAGAGCGGAAGGUGGAGUUCUUUGCCAGCGUCCAGCGGCUGUACAAUGAAGUCUAUGCCCUGGGCCACCUGGUGAUUGUUGAGCAGAUCUCGCAGGUGCCCGCAGAAGUGCACUCCUUUGCCCUGCAGCCCUUUCACCCGCAUGUGCCGCGACAGCUGGACCACUACCAGCGCUCCCUGAGCGCCCAUCUGGAGGAUAUAUUCACGGAGCAGGUGCUCGAGCGACUGGCAAGACCGCUGCAAUCGAAAGUGGCCCUCCUCGAGCGGCAAGUCAUGGCCGAGGUCACGCCCUGGGAGCCCGUCUUCCGCGUCGACUGUCAGACUUUGAUGGAGACCUUCCAGCCGGAUCUGAGCUUCCACUUUACGUGGGGCCUGUUCCGCAUCUGGCGGCGCAUCAGGGGAAUGUUGGCCAUGCCCCUGCCGGAGCAGAUGCCCCAACGGCCACCUCAGAAUGGCAGGACGAGACCCACGUUUGCCCUACCAAUCAUCGAUCAAAGCCAGUGGCAGACGCUGGCAUCUCUGGUGUGCUCUGAAAGCGCCGUUGGAGUUGUUCUUGUAGCUGGAGUUGUUAGUCGUUCGGUGAACUGGCGCGUAAUUCUCGGUCUGGGCACCGCAAUGGCCGCCAUAUACCUCAAUGAGCUGCUCCGCUGGACUCCUGCCGCUCAGGAGCGCAGAUUUAAGGCCCAGUACUCGGAGUUUCUGCAGCGGAAACUCCGGGCAGGCGUGACGCACAUGAACAUGGGAUUCGGGCAGCAGAUCUGGCAGCAUCUGAUGGCGGCUGCGCGACACUUGAACGCUCAGGCGGAGCAGGACAUACAGGUGCUGAGAUCACAGAUCAAAGAGAUGCUUGAUCGCAUCGAAUCGAACAACGAACUGCAUUUCAAGUUGGGGGAAUUCCGCUCCAGUGCGAGUCUGCUAGAGGAUCGAUUGAAAGCAUUCCAGGAUCUCUAUAUGGGGAGCAGGAUCUAGGAUCUUAGGAUGGGAAAAAGGUUUUAGGAAAUUGUUUUUGUUUCAUGUUUCAAAUUUCAAGAAAAUGUUUAUAUUUCGUUGGGUUCUUUAAUGUUUUGAAUAAAAUUUGCGUUGCUUAUAUGCAUGAUUUGU